UCUGGAUGCAGAGGAAAUCAGCAAAUCAUCCAAAUAAAUGAGACAUUGCACGCCCGAGGUUCGGAUGUGAGCCAUCACCAGCUUCAGGAGCUUCAGCAGCUUUGUGAAGCCCCACGGAGCAGAGCUGAGACCAAAAGGCAGACAUGUGAACUG